AAUGUUAUAAACAUAUCUGACAAAAGCUUAAAAUAUUUGUAAGAGUUUCUAUGAAAAGAAAGGAAAUAAAGGAGUAGCAUAAUUAGCAGUAUUAGGUUUGGGAUUAUUGUAUCUUCAACAUCAAAUACGAAAACAUAAUGGGUAAUUUAUUUAAUUUAUGAUUAUAAGAUGGUUAAAGAAGAAGAGUGUAAAUAAUGAACAUAUCUUUAUUACAGGAGGAGCAAGUGGUAUUGGUAGAAAUAUGGCAUUUAGAUUUGCAAAAUUAGGAGCUAAAGUAUAUAAAAUAUUAAUAUUAUAAAGAUAUCUAUAAUAGAUGUGAAUCAAGAAGCAUUAUAAAAAGUUGUAGAUGAAUUAAAUUAGACUUAUGGUUAAAAAACUGCUUUUGGAGUGAUAUGUGAUGUUAGUAAUCCUACAUCUGUAAAGGCUGCUAUUUAAUAAUGCAAUUCUUUUCACAAUAAAAAAAUAGAUAUUUUGAUUAAUAAUGCUGGAGUUGUGAGUGGAAAACAAAUUCUUGAAAAUUCAGAAGCUGGUAUUUCAAGAACAAUGAAUAUUAAUACAACUGCUCAUCAUUGGACUGUUAGAGAAGUGUUAGGAGAUAUGAUUAAUAAUAAACAUGGUCAUAUUGUAACAAUUGCUUCAAUUGCAGGUUGGGUUGGAGUAAGAGGAUUAGCUGAUUAUUGUGCUUCUAAAUUUGGAGCUGUUGGAUUUGAUGAAUCUCUUAGAUUUGAAUUAAGAGCUACUAAAUCUAAUGUAAAAACCACUUGUAUUUGUCCAUUUUUCAUUAAUACAGGAAUGUUUGAUGGAGCAAAAUCUAAGUUUCCUUUACUAUUCCCAAUUCUAUCUGAAAGUAACAAUCACAUAAAUUAAUUAGAUUAUGCUUCCCAAAGAAUUGUUAAUGCAAUACUUUAAGAAGAAACGGUUGUAAUUAUGCCAAUUAUUCUAAAUGCUGCUAUAAUUGUUAAAGCAAUCUUUCCAACAUGUAUUUAUGAUAACAUGAUGGAACUUUUUGGAGUCAGUGAAUCUAUGGAUCAUUUUAAAGGAAGAGCAUAAUAAAAAUGAU